AUGUCCGUGGACCCUACCAUCCUCGAUACCAUCCUAUCGUGGGACCCCGCCUUCAUGACCAGAGAACAGGCAGCGAACAUCGGUAACACUUAUGACAAGAUUGUCAGUGAAAUGAUCAACCACCGAGAGACUCUCAUAUCAAACCUCGACUGGUUCGGUGACCGAAACGAGCGGCGAGUCCUGGAGUGGAACAGCAACCCAAAGAGCAAUGUGCAGGAGUGCAUACACCAAGCCGUGUCCAAGCAUGGUGCAUUGCGACCUGAUGCAGAGGCUGUUUGCGCCUGGGACGGGAGCUUUACAUACUCCCAACUUCUAUCUCUCUCGGAUCGCCUCGAUUGUCGCUUACAAGCCUCAGGCGUAGGGCCCGAGAUCUUUGUGCCGAUUUGCUUCGAUAAGUCCAAGUGGACUGUCGUUGCAAUGCUGGCUAUGCUCAAGGCGGCCGGAAUCUUGAUCCUACACACCCAUUAUCUCGCCUACACCAUGCUAGAGAGUGUGGCGGCCGAGUUGAUCCCCGUCGACGACCAACUAUUCAUGCAGCUGGCCGAGCACGACGGCAGCGAGGUCGACUGUGGCUCAUGGAGCAAUGACACUUACAUGAUUUUCACAAGUGGCACCACGGGAGAGCCCAAGGGUGCAUUGAUUCAGCAUGGGGCCCUCUUGUCAAGCGCCCUUGCUCAUGGACCUGCCAUGAUGAUGGAUUCCAACACGCGAUCACUACAGUUCGCCGCGUCUACUUUUGAUGUGAGCAUCACCGAGAUCCUCACGUGUUUGGUUCUGGGUGGCUGUGUCUGCAUACCCAGCGAGAAUUCGCGGCUAAACGCCAUCGAGGAAGCCAUCACGCAGCUCCAAGCCAACUGGGCGCUGUUGACGCCAACCUUUGUCAAAUUCAUAGACCCUGCCAAGGUGCCGUCCCUCUGCACACUUGUUACUGGCGGUGAAGCCAUGACGCAAGCCGUCAUUGACUCGUGGUCUCACAUCAACCUCAUCAACUGCUAUGGACCUGCAGAGACGUCUGUUGUCUCGCACGUACACCGAGGUAUGAGGAAAGGCAAGAACCCGUUGAAUAUCGGCCAUCAGGUCGGCGUUCAUUGCUGGGUUGUUGACCGGUACAACCACGACCGACUGAUGGCUGUAGGCGCGACGGGCGAGCUGCUCAUCGAAGGCCACACGCUUGCAAGGGAGUACUACAAGGAGCCGGAGAAGACGAGCGAGGCUUUUAUUGUUGAUCCCGCAUGGACACGCAACCAACCACGACAGAAUGGCCACAGGCGCAUGUACAAGACGGGCGAUCUCGUCAAGUACAACCAUGAUGGUACCCUUCACAUCGCCGGGCGCAAAGGCUCUCAGAUCAAGUUUCACGGACAGCGCAUAGAGCUGGGUGAGAUUGAGCAUCAUCUCAACGCCAGUGCUAGUAUAAAGCACGGCAUGGUCGUUCUGGCCAAGGAAGGUUUCUGCAAAGGCCGACUCUUGGCCAUUGUUCAGCUCGGUGAUGCUUUGAACCAGGACCUAGUGCCCAAGGGCCAGCCUUACAAGUUGAUUGAUGGUCAACUGGAGGACACUGCGCGAGUCAAAAUCGCCGAGGCAAAGCAGCUUCUCGCCGAAAGGUUGCCACCCUACAUGAUCCCUUCUAUGUGGCUCGCCGUCGAGUUCAUCCCUCGUCUUCAGUCAGGAAAGCUUGGCCGCAAGCAGACUGCGAAGUGGGUUGAUGACAUGAACGAGGUUCUGUACCGACAACUCAACCCUGUCACGGCCACCGGGUCCUCAGAGGACCUUGAGUUUUCCAGCAAGACCGAGUCGAAGCUACACAAGAUCUGGAUGCACGUUCUGAACCUCAAAGUGGAACAGUUUGGCCUUGGGCAGUCAUUCCUGAGCGUUGGCGGCGACUCCAUCUCGGCGAUGCAAGUGAUGAGCGAGUGCAGGAAACGUGGCCUAGGCCUGACCGUCUCGCAAAUCAUUGCUUGCAAAUCAAUCAGAGCACUGGCACUGCAAGUCAAGGAUAUCGAUAGGCCAUCGUUCCAUAUGGAGACUAUGGAACAGCCGUUCGAGCUCUCGCCCAUACAGAAGCUCUACUUUGCUAGACCCAACCACGCCCAUGGCCACUACAGCCAGAGCUUUCUCCUCCGCACAAGCCAGCGCAUCCCUGAGUCAGAUAUGCGCAAGGCCAUGGAGACCAUUAUAUCGAGACACUCGAUGCUCCGUGCCAGGUUCAGCCAGGACGCCACCGGUGAAUGGAAGCAGCGAGUCACCAACGAGGUUGCGUCCUCGUAUCGCUUGCGUACUCUAACUCUGGCUUCGAGUGAGGAAGUUGGCCGCUCUCUCAUUGACAUCCAGACUUGCCUUGAGAUUACAAAUGGGCCGCUAUUGGCUGCUGAUCUCAUUGACGAUCUUCUAGCUCAGUUAACUCAUCAAGGGUAG